GUGAUUGUCAAACAACGCUUGAUUUUGUGCGUGUGGUGCGGUGUGUCGGCUUUGCUAGAGGCGAGGAACAAAUAGCGGAAAGUGUGGAUUUUUUGGUGGCAACAAUCUUGGUCAUCUUAAUGACGCUGGUCUGAUCUAGGUUGCUCGGAUCGACGAUAAAAGUGUCUGGGUUCCACUGAAAGACACUUUGCCAAGUUUGCCGUAGGUCGGACCGAGUGGAGGCCUUUCCUUUCCCGAUCCCUCCGCCAAGGUCCAAAUCAGCAGUGCGCACCGGACAAAGAUUUUGGCGGCGCGUUCCGUGGGACGAUAAAAAUCAAUCUUGUAUUGUGGCAGUGGAAAGCCUCAACAUCUUGUUUUCCGAAUCUCACCCAACACCGGGGUGAAAACGGAAGAAAACGAGUUUAGGUUCGGUUUCAGCUUCUCAUGCAGCGCGUGCCCACAUCGGUCACAAUUUGUAGUGACGCCCGACAGUAACCUGGAACCGAGCGUAGCUGGGAAAAGUAAUAAUUUAGUGGAAGUUACAGAAACAUCACAUGAAGAUACGAAUCAAACCAAGGAGCCUGGUAUUUUGAUUGACGCAGAAGAAAACGCCUUAAAUCGUAGGAUAAACCACGAAAGCGUACGAGAGCCGGAUCAACAAAAUCUAGCAAAAAGCGGGCUCCGAACGGUCACGAAACAGACCCGCGUUUCGGUGAUCACCCUUUUUAAACCGACAGUUUACGCGUUGCUGCUUCACAACAUCAACGCAAGUGGCACCCAAAACAGCCCCAAACUGAGGCUCAGAAACAGGCAAUGCCAUCAGCGGUCAGUGGCACAGGCGGUCACGGCGGCGGUGGUGGUGGCGGAGGAGGUACAGGAAUCGGUGGCAACAUGAAUGCGCAGACGAAUGAAGAAUGCGGUAUACGGGAUGUGUGGCGGCAUAAUCUGGACGAAGAGUUCCGAACGAUACGACUGAUCGUGCAGAAGUAUCCGUUUGUCGCGAUGGACACGGAGUUUCCGGGUGUGGUCGCCCGGCCUGUUGGGGAGUUCCGCUCCUCGGCCGACUACCAAUACCAGUGUUUGCGCUGCAACGUGGAUCUACUGCGCAUCAUCCAGCUUGGCUUGACGUUCAUGGAUGACGACGGGCUUACACCGGCGGGGUUUUCGACCUGGCAGUUCAAUUUCAAGUUCAACCUUAGCGAGGACAUGUACGCACAGGAUUCGAUUGAUCUGCUGCUCAAUUCCGGCAUACAGUUCAAGAAGCAUGAGGAGGACGGUAUCGAUCCGCUCGAUUUCGCCGAGCUGCUCAUGACCUCCGGCAUUGUGCUGAUGGAUAACAUCAAGUGGCUUAGCUUCCACUCGGGCUACGAUUUCGCAUAUCUGCUGAAGCUGCUAACCGAUCAGAACUUGCCCGCCGAGGAGGGCGACUUCUUCGAGCUGUUGCGGAUUUACUUUCCCACCAUCUACGACGUCAAGUAUCUGAUGAAAUCGUGCAAGAACCUGAAAGGGGGCCUGCAAGAGGUGGCCGAUCAACUGGAACUGAGACGUGUCGGACCGCAGCAUCAGGCCGGUUCCGAUUCACUGUUGACCGGAAUGGCGUUCUUCAAAAUGCGAGAGCUGUUCUUUGAAGAUAACAUCGAUAACGCGAAGUACUGCGGUCACCUAUAUGGUCUGGGCACAUCGUUUGUCGCAAACGGCAACAGCACGUCAGCGGGUGGCAGUGGGUCCGGAUCUGCAGGCGGUACGGGCAGCGGUGGAGCUGCUUCUGGCACGGGGACAGGCAACAACAGUAACAGCACGACUAGCAAUAGCAACGCCAACAGCAGCAACAACAGCAACAAUCGAACUAUUUCUUGCAGAUAAACCGGAACGAUAGAGGAGGAGCAAGGAAGGAAGGAAGGAUGUUCCGCAGCUGUUCGUGAUGGUGCAUCUUCAUCGUAUCGUGGCUCAUCUAGGCAUAGCAACUGCUGGUGGUGGUGCUGCUACUGAGACCAGUCAACACAGCUGGACCAUUGACACCGUCGACGCCGUUAUACGAGCAAGAGCGUUCACAACUGCCACGAAUGGUUCCACGUCCGUCGCAGGUAGAGAAGCUGCGAUGCUGCGAUUGGGAAGAAGAAGAGGAGAGGAACAAAGUGUUUAUUUUGUGUCGUUUGUAGUAAGGAGAAGACAUUGAGGUCGAAAUUUAGGAAUAUAAAGUUUAUAACAAUGACGCAUGGACAGAAGAAAAUAUAAUAAACAGCAAAAACACAACAACCUAAUGCUGAAAGGAAAUGAAAAGAGAAUGAAACAAAUGGACCUGUACGUCCUGUGU